UUGUUGAAACGAUAAUACGCGGUCAAGAAUGACGGUGAAGUUUCUUUUUAUUGUUAGUUUAUUAUUCUUAUGUACGCAAGUCAGUGAAGUGCGAACGUUAAACAUACUUGGCUUAUUUCCGUAUCAGGGGAAAAGUCAUUUUUUUGUAUUCCAGACGUAUCUUGAUGAGUUAGUGCAUAGAGGGCACAAUGUGACCGUGGUAUCGUAUUUUCCGCGAAAGGAACCCCUGGAGAAUUACCAUGACAUUAGCUUGGCUGGGAAAUUGGAGAUCCUGGAAGACGUGUUUGAAAUAGAAAGAUCUUAUUGGACCAUCAUAAAAAUAAGUUUGUUUCUCGUCAAUUCCGGCACAGAGAAUUGCAAAACAUUGUUGGGUGAUGAAAACGUACAAAAUCUUUGGAAGACAAAAGCUAAAUUCGAUGUUGUGGUGAUUGAGCAUUUUAACAGUGAUUGUUCUCUUGGAUUAGCUCACCAGUUGGGAGCUCCAGUUGUUGCCGUGUCUUCGCAUUUACUUUUGCCUUGGCAUUACAAAAGGUUUGGCAUACCAUACAACCCAUCCUUUGUACCGUUUUUGCUUUUGGAAGGAGGGACUAAACCAACAUUGUAUCAACGAUUGGAAAGAACGCUAUUUGACACAUAUAUUAAUGUUCUAUAUAAGUUUAUGAGCCAAAGAGUGGACCAGAAUACAUUAGCUCAAUAUUUCGAUGACGUUCCUCCCUUAGAGCAGUUAGCUAAGGAAAUAAAGUUCCUGAUCACUUAUACAAACUUCAUGCUGUUUGGAUCCUAUUUAUAUCCUGCAAACGUAAUCGAGGUCAACGGAUAUCAUGUAGCGAAACCAAAGCCUUUGCCCGAGGAACUAAGAAAGUUCAUCGAAGAAUCGGAACACGGAGUAAUUUAUGUAAGUUUUGGAUCGAUGCUGAAAUCGACUUCCACACCUAGGGACAAAAUGGAAGCGAUAAUACGAGCACUCUCGAAGUUUCCACAGAGAGUUAUCUGGAAGUGGGAGGAGGAUACUUUGCCAGGAAACCCGAAAAACAUCUAUUUGUCUAAGUGGCUGCCACAAAAUGAUAUUUUAGCUCAUCCAAAAGUUUUGGCUUUCUACUCACACUGCGGCCUAUUGGGCACCACAGAAGCUAUAUAUCAUGGAGUACCUAUGGUAGCAAUGCCUAUAUUUGGAGAUCAGCCAGCCAAUGCUGCUGCAGUAGAGGAAAGUGGCCUCGGAGUUCAAAUCCAAAUACCAGAACUCACUACAGAAAAUCUUCAGAAGAAAUUUAACACUGUACUGGAUCCUAAAUUCCGAGCCCAUGUAAAGAAGCUAUCUCAAGCCUGGCGGGACCGACCUAUUCCACCGAUGGAUAGCGCGAUCUUUUGGACCGAGUUUGCUGCUCGGCAUAGGAACUUUACCUUCAGAGCAGCUGCAGCCGACGUUUCCUAUAUCCAGUACUUUUGUUUAGACAUCCUAGCCAUCUUUAUACUUAUCUUGUUAUUGUUUAUCUUUAUUUUAAAAUCAUUGUUUUCGAAUACAAAAAAAUCUAAAUUAGAAUAAUUUAAUCAAACAAUUGUGGUAUCAGUUCGAAUAUGUGUGUAUGGAAAUUGCUGUUAAGAAAGUUUAAUUUCAAAAAUGGUCUAUGGUCCUUAAUAUAUAAAGGUAGAUUUUUUAGCAUA